AGUGAGUUAAAGAUAGGAGUGAGAGCGAAAGGCCAAGAAGUCAACUUCCGCUUUUAAGUCAAGCUUACCUUGAUCCAUCUCAGUCUUUGCAGCUGCUUGGUAAGCGACUUGCUGGUCGAGUGGCUCAAUUUUAUAAUAAUGAUUUCAUCGAUGAUUUUAUUUUAAUCACUUAUCCUUGAUGGAGAUAUGAAAGUGCAUGUAAGUGGAAUAUGAAAAAAGAAAAAAGGAUUUGAAGUACCUACAAGGUACCUCAUAGUACACUAAAACACGACUUAUAAAUUCAAGGAUGCUUCUGUACUACAUUAGACACGUUUUUGGUAGGCGGUCAACCUAGACCUCUUAUCUUGCUUAUCAGCGAGCUACUCAGUGGGGCCUUACAUUGCAAUUGAAGUUUUCCAAGAAAAAAAAAAAGUCGAGAAGCUGGGGUGCAUCAAUUGGACAUCAGCAUUCAAGUACGUCCCCCAACAUACCGUAUCGCAUAUCUUCCACAAUGGCCGGUCCAAAUUCCAAAAAGAGAAACCACCAAGACUCCGGAGCUAAAUCAAAGUCUCAGAGACCAAAUAAGAAGCAAAGAAAGGUUCCCGAAUAUCAUAGCGACUCGGACGAAGAGGGCACAAAUACCGAAUUUAAGCCCGUAAACCUCCUCGACUCCGACGAUGAAGAUCUCGACAAUGUCGCCGUAGAUGACAUCUCAUCCGGUUCUGGUUCAGACUCCAAUUCGGACUCAGACUCGGAUAGCGACUCAGCGCGCAAGCCUAAAAAACAUCCUGCGAAACGACAGGAUAAACCAGCAAAGAAGCACGUUAAAGAUGCCGCUCGUGAUAGGAGUCCAGAAGACGAAUUAGAAGACGAAGAGGGCAAAGACGAGGACGAUGGGGAGAGCGAUGAUGAUGAUAAUGAUGGGGACCAGGAAGGAGAUGACUCGGACGGAGAGGAUGACCCCACAUCAGCCGGCCAAUCCAAAAAAUCAAAAUCAAAACGCAACGACCCCGACGCCUUCGCGACGUCCAUGUCCAAGAUUCUAUCCACAAAGCUUUCGAGCACGCGGCGCGCCGACCCGGUCUUGUCGCGCAGCGUAGAAGCCCACAAGGCCGCCAAGGAAGCCGUCGACAACGCGCUCGAGGCCAAGGCGCGGCGGCACUUGCGGGAACAGAAGCGGCUGGCGCAGGAGAAGGGCCGCGUGAAGGACGUAUUGGUCGGCGCUAUCGACGAGGACGGCCGCCCCGAGACGUCCACCCAGGAGAUCCAGCAGACGGAAAAGCGCCUGAAGAAGGUGGCGCACCGCGGCGUCGUCAUGUUAUUCCGCGCCGUCAGGGAGGCGCAAGAGAGGGCCGCCGAGGCCGAGAGGGAAACGCGCAAAGAUGGUAUCGUGGGUGUUCAGAGGCGCCAGGAGAAGGUUAACGAGAUGAGUCGGCAGGGCUUCUUGGAUCUUAUCGCCGGGGGUGGUGGGAAACUAAAGAAGGGGGCGCUGGAAGAAGCUUAAGUUUUUUUUAUUACUUUAUACGCGCGCGUACUUAUGUGGAUUUGUUGUAGUCGUCGCACCUUUAUGGAAUGAUACCAAAAAAUUUACUUGAUGAACAUGACCUUAAUAAGAGUUGGGCUUCGUCCCUAUCUCCGAGCCAAGCUAUAUUAGGAGGUAGAUAGCUAUCUUGCCGCGAGUAUAG